CUGCUCAUCUGUCUAAUGUCCCGCCUGUCUGUCUCUGUCCUCAGGCUGGACUCGUCCGAUAACGUGAACAAGCUCUUACUGGUGGAUUAUACUGGGAACCGACUGGUGGCGUGCGGCUCCAUCUGGCAGGGCGUCUGUCAGUUCCUCAGGCUGGAGGACCUCUUCAAGCUGGGGGAGCCUCACCACCGCAAAGAGCACUACCUGUCUGGAGCCAGAGAGGCUGAUGGGAUGGCAGGCGUGGUUGUUGGUGAGGACGACUGGGCGGCCGACCCAAAGAGGAAGAGGCCAGCCAAGGGCGGCAGCCGCCUCUUCAUCGGCGCCGCCAUUGACGGCAAGUCGGAGUACUUCCCCACGCUGUCCAGCAGGAAGCUGGUGGCGGACGAGGAGAGCGUCAACAUGUUCUCGCUGGUCUACCAGGACGAGUUUGUCUCCUCGCAGAUCAAGAUUCCCUCGGACACGCUGUCCCUCUACCCGGCCUUCGACAUCUACUACGUCUACGGCUUCUCCAGCCGCACCUACGUCUACUUCCUCACGCUGCAGCUGGACACGCAGCUCACGCAGAUGGACGCCGGCGGAGAGAAGUUCUUCACCUCCAAGAUAGUUCGCAUGUGCUCCAACGACACAGAGUUCUACUCCUACGUGGAGUUCCCUCUGGGCUGCACCAAGGACGGGGUGGAGUACCGCCUGGUGCAGGCCGCCUUCAGGCAGAAACCAGGGCGCCGCCUGGCACAGGCCCUGGGCCUCUCCGAGGAAGACGACGUCCUGUUCGUCGUCUUCUCCCAGGGUCAGAAGAACCGGUCCAACCCGCCCAGGGAGACGGUCCUGUGCCUGUUCACCCUGCAGCACAUCAACCUGGCGAUGAGGGAGAGGAUCCGCUCCUGUUAUCGGGGGGAGGGCCGACUCUCGUUGCCGUGGUUACUCAACAAGGAGCUGCCCUGCAUCCACACGCCGAAGCAGAUCGGGGAUGAUUUCUGCGGGCUGGUCCUGAACCAGCCUCUGGGGGGGCUGCGGGUCAUCGAGGGGAGCCCGCUCUACGAGGACCGGACCGAGGGCAUGGGCGCCGUGGCGGCCUACACCUACGGCGAGCACACGGUGGUGUUUGUGGGCACGCGCAGCGGACAGCUGAAGAAGAUCCGCGUGGAUGGAAUUACCCCUCCGGCCCAGAAUGCAUUGCUGUACGAGACGGUUAUGGUGGUGGAAGGGAAGCCGAUCCUGAGAGACAUGGUUUUCAGUCCAGACCACCAGCACAUCUACCUGCUGAGUGACAGACAGGUGAGCCGGCUGCCGGUGGAGAGCUGUGAGCGGUACAGCAGCUGCUCGGCCUGCCUGGGGUCCGGAGACCCCCACUGUGGCUGGUGUGUGCUCUUCAACAAGUGUUCCAGACAGGAAGCAUGUAACAAGUGGGAGGAGCCUCAGCACUUCAACACCCGGCUUGAACAGUGCGUCGACAUCACCGUUACCCCGAGCAACAUGUCUGUUACUUCCCCACAAACACAGUUGACCCUCUGGGUGCGGAACGUCCCGGCCCUGUUGGGGGGCGUGUCCUGUGUGUUCGAGGAGCUGAAUGAGACCCCCGGAGAGGUCCAGGCCAAAGGUCAGGUGAUGUGUAUGUCACCGUCACUGAGAGACCUGCCCUCGCACACACACUCCUACGGAGAGAAGCGAGUGGUCCAUCUCGGCCUGCGCUCCACUGAGACGGGACUUCAGUUCAUCAGCACCAACUUUAUCUUCUACAACUGCUCUGUGCUCAACUCGUGUACUUCCUGUGUCAGCAGCGUGUUCCCGUGUCAUUGGUGUAAAUAUCGUCACGUCUGCACCAACAACCUGCAGGACUGUUCCUUCCAGGAGGGGCGGGUCAGCAGCAUAGAGGGCUGCCCUCAGAUCCUCCCCACCGCCGACAUCCUGGUCCCGGCCGGGAUGGUUCGACCAAUCACGCUGCGCGCCCGGAACCUCCCUCAGCCGCAGUCGGGUCAGAAGAACUACGAGUGCGUCUUCCACAUUCAGGGGAAAGUCCAGCGCAUCCCGGCGGUCCGCUUCAACUCGUCCUGCAUCCAGUGCCAGAACACCUCGUACUGGUACGAAGGGGACGAGGCUGGAGACCUCCCAGUGGACUUCUCCAUCGUGUGGGACGGAGACUUCUUCAUCGACAAGCCGCCGUCUAUGAAAGCCCUGCUGUACAAGUGUGAGGCUCAGCGCUCCAGCUGUGGUCAGUGUCUCAAAGCUCCCACGGCCUUUGAAUGCGGCUGGUGCUCCGACAGCAGGCGUUGUCUCCUGAGGACACACUGUCCCUCGGCCGAGCAGAGCUGGAUGCACCACGGCCGACACAACCUGCGCUGCAGCCACCCGCGCAUCGCCAGGAUUGACCCUCUGACCGGCCCCCGAGAGGGGGGCACGCGGGUGACCAUCGAGGGGGAGAACCUGGGCCUGCAGGUGAAGGAGAUCGCUCACGUCCAGGUGGCCGGCGUCCGCUGCAACCCCGUCCCCGCCCAGUACAUCAGCGCCGAGAGGAUAGUGUGUGACAUGGCGGAGGCCCUCCUCCCUCACUCUCCUGGAGGACCGGUGGAACUUUGUAUCGGCGUGUGCAGCUCCGAGUACAGAACUCUGUCCACUCAGACGUACUCCUUCGUGAGCCCGGUGUUCACUCGGGUCCUCCCGGAGAGGGGUCCCGUCUCCGGGGGAACCAGGCUGGCGGUGACAGGCCGUAAUCUUGACGCUGGCAGCUCGGUGACGGUGUUUAUUGAUAAGGAGGAAUGUCUCUUUGUCAAACGGACCAAUCGGGAGAUCAUCUGCAUAACUCCCGCCUCCCUGUCGGGCCCUGGUCCCGCCCCCAUCCGCCUGAUGAUUGACAGGGCCGAGGUGACGAGCUCGGAGACAAAGUACGUCUUCACGGAGGACCCGACGGUCUCCAGCAUCGAGCCCAACUGGACCAUCCUCAAUGGCAGCACGGUGAUAACCGUGACGGGAACCAACCUGAGGACCAUCCAGGAGCCCAAAGUCAGAGCCAAGUACAGAGGCGUGGAAACCAGCAACUUCUGUUCUGCCCUGAACGACAGCACGAUGACGUGUUUGGCGCCCGGUCUGAUAUACGGCGAGCCGGACCCACCAGAGGGGGCGCUGCACCCCGAUGAGUUCGGCUUCAUCUUUGACCAGGUCUCCUCUCUGCUGGUCCUGAACUCCACCCCCUUCACACACUACCCCAACCCCACCUUUGACCCCCUGGGGAGCUCUGGCAUCCUGGAGGUCAAACCGGGGUCACCGAUCAUCCUGAAGGGGAAGAACCUGGUCCCUGUUGCCCCCGGCAACAACCGGCUGAACUACACCGUGCUCAUCGGGGAGUCCCCGUGUCUCCUCACCGUGUCGGAGAACCAGCUGCUCUGUGAUUCGCCGGAUCUCACCGGAGAACAGCGAGUUCUGAUCCUGGUGGGGGGUCUGGAGUACUCGCCGGGCACGCUACACAUCUACUCCGACAGCGCCCUGACGCUGCCCGCCAUCAUCGGCAUCGGGGCGGGCGGCGGCGUGCUGCUCAUCGCCAUCAUCGCCGUGCUCAUCGCCUACAAGAGGAAGACCCGCGACGCCGACCGCACGCUCAAACGCCUCCAGCUGCAGAUGGACAACCUGGAGAGCCGCGUGGCGCUGGAGUGCAAGGAGGCCUUCGCCGAGCUGCAGACAGACAUCCAGGAGCUGACCAACGACAUGGACGGGGUGAAGAUCCCGUUCCUGGAGUACCGGACCUACACCAUGAGGGUCAUGUUCCCGGGCAUCGAGGAGCACCCGGUGCUGAAGGAGCUGGACUCUCCAGCCAACGUGGAAAAGGCUCUGCGUCUCUUCAGCCAGCUGCUCAACAACAAGAUGUUCCUGCUGACCUUCAUCCACACGCUGGAGGCCCAGAGGUCGUUCUCCAUGAGGGACCGCGGCAACGUGGCCUCGCUGCUGAUGGCCGCUCUGCAGGGUCGUAUGGAAUACGCUACAGUGGUGUUAAAACAGCUGCUGGCCGACCUGAUCGAGAAGAACCUGGAGAACCGAAACCAUCCCAAGCUCCUGCUGAGGAGGACGGAAUCCGUGGCUGAGAAGAUGCUGACCAACUGGUUCACCUUCCUGCUGCAUCGCUUCCUCAAGGAGUGUGCAGGCGAGCCUCUCUUCAUGUUGUAUUGUGCCAUAAAGCAGCAGAUGGAAAAAGGUCCGAUCGACGCGAUCACAGGAGAAGCUCGUUAUUCUCUGAGUGAAGACAAACUGAUCAGACAGCAGAUCGACUACAAGCAGCAGACCCUGAUGUGCAUCCCCCCGGAGGGCGAGGCGGUGACGGAGGUCCCGGUAAAGGUGUUGAACUGUGACACGGUGACCCAGGUGAAGGACAAGCUGCUCGACGCCGUCUACAAAGGCAUCCCCUUCUCUCAGAGGCCUCAGGCCGACGACAUGGACCUCGAGUGGCGACAGGGUCGACUGACCAGGAUCAUCCUGCAGGACGAAGACGUGACGACAAAGAUAGAGAGCGACUGGAAGAGGCUGAACACACUGGCCCACUACCAGGUAACGGACGGCUCUCUGGUGGCGCUGGUCCAGAAGCAGGUUUCUGCCUACAACAUUGCCAACUCUUUCACCUUCACCAGAUCUCUGAGCAGAUACGAGUCGUUACUUAGAACGUCCAGCAGUCCUGAUAGUCUGCGAUCCAGAGCUCCUAUGAUCACCCCGGACCAGGAGACGGGCACUAAACUGUGGCACCUGGUGAAGAACCACGAGCACAGCGACCAGAGAGAAGGAGACCGAGGCAGCAAGAUGGUUUCUGAGAUCUACCUGACCAGGCUGCUGGCUACCAAGGGGACGCUGCAGAAGUUUGUGGACGACCUGUUUGAGACGGUGUUCAGCACCGCCCACCGGGGCUCUGCUCUCCCAUUGGCUAUCAAGUACAUGUUUGACUUCCUGGAUGAGCAGGCCGACAAGCGACAGAUCAGCGACCCGGAUGUCCGACACACUUGGAAGAGCAACUGCCUUCCUCUCAGGUUCUGGGUGAACGUCAUUAAGAAUCCUCAGUUUGUGUUUGACAUCCACAAGAGCAGCAUCACUGACGCCUGUCUGUCGGUGGUCGCCCAGACCUUCAUGGACUCCUGCUCCACUUCCGAACACCGGCUCGGCAAAGACUCCCCGUCCAACAAGCUGCUCUACGCCAAGGACAUCCCCAACUACAAGAGCUGGGUGGAGAGGUACUACAGGGACAUUACGAAGAUGCCCAGUAUCAGUGAUCAGGACAUGGACGCCUACCUGGUGGAGCAGUCCCGUCUGCACGGUACCGAGUUCAACACACUGAGCGCGCUCAGUGAGCUCUACUUCUACAUCAACAAGUACAAGGAAGAGAUCCUGACGGCGUUGGACCGCGACGGCUACUGUCGCAAACACAAGCUGAGGCACAAACUGGAGCAAGCCAUCAACCUGAUGUCUGGGAGCAGCUGAGUGGACAGGGUGGGGACAUAUUGACCGAUGGACCGAUGGAUGGGGGGGUAUGAAGACUGGGGGAGGGGGGCGUGAAUGUGUGUCGGAACUGUUCAAACAGUCAAACCGCUGUCAGCCAUUAAGCAAUGCAUCCAUCAGCAAGGCGUUGGUCAAGUGAUCGAUCGAUUGGUUUGAGGAGCGAUCGGCUGGAUGGCUGCGGCCCAAACUACCUCCGUUCCGUCGGGUUUUGGGGCAGAAAAAAACUCAAACCUUUGAGAUGAAUCUGUGGGUUUUGAUUUCCAGUGUCUGCAGGGACAGAAGCUACGGGUUGUCCCGGGCGACAAGCCUACGAUGAGACCCGCGCACUCCCCGAUCCAACUCGCCCCACGGCCCGUUUAGAAGCAGGUCCAGGUCCAGUCAACGCCUCGGACUUCACCUGAUCCGGUCUGAAGGAUCAAGGGCCCAAGGAGGUCACAGGAAGAACCUUUACCGUGAGAGUCCACGCUAAUCCGGCUGGAUGCCAAAAGGUCAAGUUCCAAUCCGUUUUAAGGAAGGACGCUCCGAGGUCAAACCUCCUGCGACGGACUCGUGAGGUUGUUUCACGCUUCACCGAUAGAGAACGAAGCAAAAUAACCGACAAACUGCCUCACGUGGAACUUCCUGCUGAUUCCCAGAGGACCACGGGCCUCCUCUUCAGGGGGAGCCGACGCGGUUUGACUUGACCUUGGACCGCUUCAACCCAGCGUCUUCAGGCUGAAUGACCACUCGAUGCUUUCUUCUCUGGACAAUCACUCCGUACCACAGCACACUGAGCCCGAUGCCUGCCGACCGACCGGUACCUGUGUCCCUGACCCCUGACCUCUCCUCCUCGCUCCAUUCCUUACACCCCUCAACCUGUUCCCUCCCUGUCCUCUUUGGCCGUCCUAUUGGCCAGGAAGACUUUUAGUAACGUACUGCCCGACCAGUCAAGACUGUGGAAUCCGCCAGAACCGUAAAUCUUAACUGUAUCCAGAAUCACAUUUUGAAUACAUUCCAGCUCUGUAGACGAGCGGAUGGACGUGCUAACGUGCUAACGCUAAUGCGGACCGUUGAGGACAAGAACCGCCCUGGAAAAGGGGGAUUUCGGGUUCAGCACCAGUUGGCGAGCCUUCGCACAUCCGCCCACACAGCCAUGCUAACCGCACCCAGGGGAAAUACUGUGCCAUGUGAAGAACCGGACCGGAUCGUGUCAGAACUGGACCGGACUCGGACCAAAACCGGAUGAAAAACCAGCCCGGAGUGGCGUUUUCGACCGGACUCAAGGACUUUUAAGACUUGUGGCCAUAAUUGUAAACAACAAAAGAAUGAAGAUAAUAAUAAUAAUAAUAAUAAUGAUGGUGAUAAAGUAUAAGUUAAACACUACAAAAACAAAGGAGAAAAUAACUAUGAAAUGUUAACGUGUAAUAAGAACUUUGUGGAUUUUAAGGAGGUGAACUUGUAUAAAGCUGAACGUUCGGGGGGGGCGGGGCUUAAUAUGUUGCAUGUGGAGUCUGUUGAUUUCCAAUAAGGUCACCAUGACGACGUAAUCGCUGGACUUCUUUAACCCGUCCUCAGAACACAACACCCCCUCGUGUGUGUGUGUGUGUGUGUGUGUGUGUGUGUGUGUGUGUGUGUGUGUGUGUGUGUGUGUGUGUGUGAGAGAGAAUUAAAAACCUUUUUAUCUCAUUUGCAACGAUUUGAAUUAUCACAUUUUCAUCUUUCAGGCUUCUGAAAAAUCUCCAAUUGGACUUUUAGUUGUUUUUAUUUAUUAGGAGGAGGAGGAGGGCUGAGGGGUUGGGGGGGUCAAAGGGUCAAAGGCAAAGCAAGAGAGCCUAAUUAAACACAGAAGGAUGCUAAAGUGUGUGUGUGGGGGCUUAAUACUGAUCAUUGAGGAAACCCCUUCAUCUAACUGAGGAAGAGGAGAACAAGAUGUAUUAAUCUGUUUUAUAACUAGUCCAGCUUCACUUAAAGAAAGCAUUACAAAUUAUAAUAUGAAUAAUAAUAAUAAACGUAUUUACAUGAAGCUUGAGGCAGUAGAUGCUUUUAUUAUUAAUCACAAACAAAUGAAGUUUAAAAGAAGCUUCUGUUUACAAUGAGUUCAAUGAUGUCGUACAGCCACGACAUCGAGGAAAUAAAAAGGUGUGUGUGUGUGUGUGUGCGUGUGUGUGUGUGUGUGCGCGCGUGUGUGUGUGUGUGUGCGCGCGCGCAGCACACAGCAGGGGGGAGGUAAAUGAGACUUAAGAGGCCGUUGGCCACGUCUAAUUCCUGGAACAGAAUACAAAGCAAUGUGGCUCAGAGUCCAACGUUGUCCUGCGGUCAGAUAUUUAUUUAUCGUUUGUAUUUCUCCUCUAAUUUAUUUUUUAGACGAGUGAUAUUUAUUGUUGGUGGACCAACACAGUUUCAUUGGUUUGUAGAGACGACACACAUACACACUCACUGAGACACACACACACACACACACACACACACACACACUGGUGCAUUCUGGGGAUGAUCUAUUUUCUGACUUUUAUAUUGAUCAGAGAUCAAACAUAGCGACCCAUCCAUAGAUUAUCAUCAAUAACUUGUUGCACUGACCUCCCAUUGAAUAGCUAUGGGAGUUUCCUGACCCCGCCCCCUUGCCAAGGCCCUCCCACUCCCAGUGAUUGGCCGACCCGGCCGUGUCAUUGUAUCACAGCGACAGCAAAACCACUGGACUCGCUGAGCGUAAAGGGGGGUCAGAUGUCUUUACUGUACCAUACUAGAAUUAUUAUCAUUAUUAUUUCUUUAUGUUAUUGAUCCGGCGAUAACUCCACCUGUCAAGCCCCCUUCUGGUCCACGUUAGGCCCCUCUGGGUCCUCUUAGGGGUCCUCGGCCGCUGCCUCACUCCGGACCCGUCUCUCAUUUCAGGAGAGGUCGUUAAUUCUGGCUGCGUUUCGGGGGUCUUCUCAUCGACCGUCGUCUGUCAUUGGCCAAUCAAAACAUGCACGUGAUGACAUCACAGCCACGUCGCCUUCAUGCAGCGCCUCCCAGGAUGUAGCCAGGGCCCAUGUUUUGAUACCAUUCUCCGUUGCCUUGUUUUUUAUUUAGUUUAAUUUAGUUGAACAUGUAAUGAUGAUGAGUGUUCUUCAUGUAAUAGCCUGUGUCCGUUUUAUACCAUUGCCAUUGCCUUCUGCUGAGUUUGUAUAUUUGUGUGAUUUCACUAAAGUGUAAUGGAAACGUUUCAUGUUUUUAAUGUUUCAGACUAAUUCCACUUUUAACGAGUUAAAGCUUCUGAAUAAACAGAUCACUUUUCAAAGAGCAGGAAGCUUCAUGGUCAAGAGUUUCACAAUAAAAGCAAGUUCUACAGGU